AUGUCACAACAAUACAGUUUGCGGUGGAAUAACCAUCAACCUAACUUUAUUUCAAUGUUUACAACACUUCUGAAUACAAAAACAUUAGUAGAUGUUACCCUGGCAGCAGAAGGGCAGCACUUACAGGCUCAUAAAGUGGUUCUUUCAGCGUGUAGUACAUAUUUUCAGGCGCUGUUUGUAGAUAACCCAUCACGCCAUCCUAUUGUCAUUCUAAAAGAUGUUACAUUUUCCAAUCUUCGUACAAUGGUAGACUUCAUGUACUAUGGUGAAGUUAAUGUUACUGAGGAACAGUUGCCCCAGGUCCUUGACACAGCCAAAGUCCUAAAAAUCAAAGGUUUGACAGAAAUGCCAGACUCUACUUCUCUGACAAGGCAGAACAUGACUUCGGAAUUUCAAUCAUCUGGUGAAGUUGAGUCACUCAGACCUUCAGCAUCCCCUUCAUCAUCACCCUACAAUAAAAAACGACGUCGCAGAAAGAGUUCCACGGGGUCAAUAGGAGUAGGAAGUCUAGUGCUUGAUGACACUAAGCAUGAAGAUUUUGGGCAGAAUUCACAAGAUAUUGUGCGUGCAGAAACCAUUACAUUGAGUAGUCUUCCGCAACAGAGACGCAUGCGGGAAUAUGAUGAAAGAUUAGAAGUUAUGGAAUCUGCUGAUGAACCACAUAACCUGAAUGUUGAGCCUAUGACCAUUGACGAUUCAGUUGGUAUUGCCCCAGGGGGACAGUGGAGCAUGAUUGAACAUCCUUAUCCACGGUACUCAAAUGCCUGUAUCGGAGGUGGAACCCUACAACCAGAUCCGGGAAUGUACAUGAAUAACGUAAUGAACUCUCACACCGAUCACGAUAUAUCCGAUUAUGGCCAGAACUUGGGAGUAGCCGGUCCCUCUCCCGGCCCGAGUUGUGCCACUGAAGCCCCAACCGCUCACGAAAUGCCAAAUCUGACGCAACAGAAGAGGCGGCGCACGACCAAUCCACAAGCGGCUGAGAACUUUCAACGUGCUUUGGAGGCAGUGCGGUUUGGUGGCAUAGGGUUCUGUAAAGCUGCACGUUUAUUUGGUGUGAAUAACAGGACUUUGUGGUUAGAGUACAAAAAGAAGGGAUAUCCGAAUAACAGGCCGAGUAUCAAGAGUAGGAUAAAGCGAGAACAUUCAUCACCGCCUUUACAAACGAAAGAAGAAAUCCCCCAACAAGAUCCACAAAUGGCGUUGUUAUGUCCGCCGCACCCGGUGCCUGUGGGCUUUAUUGACCCACGGCCGUUAGACUUCCAGGUGCAAGUAAACAACCAGAACCUAAACGUAAACGUUAAUUAUCUGCAAUAG